AUGCAUAAAGCCAAGCAUCUACCUCCCAAGCUCGCAGAAAAAGCUAAGAAAAAGAUGGCACGCAAAGCAUCAGAGAAUCCGUCCGACCAAUCCAACAUCCCUGAUGACUCCAGCAGUAUGACACAGUUCUCAGAGACUGAAGGCGACCCGGAGCCGACUCGUGCGGCAGACGUUGUCCUGUUCAGCGCAGAGGAUAAGGAUGAUCUGGAGCAGAUGCACAAGAAGGAUCUUGCGACGUUCAGCGCAAAGGAAUACCAGGCCAAUAUUCAGCCGUUGUUUGAUGAGCUACUGACAUUUAUAAAUAGACAGGAUGGCCUUGAUAGGCUUGAGGGCAAGUAAGGCGUAGAGUGAGGGAUCUGGAAGGCAAAACAUGAAUUGGAAGCAUACAGUAUGGUAUAGAAGCAACAAUCAAGAAGUUUCGGAAUCCUACAAGCGUCUUUUUACGAUGAUUCAUCUUCUGGUGACGCCUGUACAGUAGUGUGAAGUCUACACGAAUACCGCGAAGUGUUGAGCAAGAGCAGAAGGUCC